GCCGACCGCGGGUGGGUCCAAGCCAUGGGGCAGCCUUGGGCGGCCGGGAGCGCGGAGUGGGCGCCCGCGCGGCUGCCCCUCGUGCUCACCGCGCUGUGGGCGGCGGCAGUGGGCCUGGAGCUGGCCUACGUGCUGGUGCUGGGUCCCGGGCCGCCCCCCCUGGGACCCCUGGCCCGGACCUUGCAGCUCGCGCUGGCCGCCUUCCAGCUGCUCAACCUGCUGGGCAACGUGGGGCUCUUCCUGCGCUCGGAUCCCAGCAUCCGGGGCGUGAUGCUGGCCGGCCGCGGUCUGGGCCAGGGCUGGGCUUACUGCUACCAGUGCCAAAGCCAGGUGCCGCCACGCAGCGGGCAUUGCUCCGCCUGCCGCGUCUGCAUCCUGCGUCGGGACCACCACUGCCGCCUGCUGGGCCGCUGCGUGGGCUUCCGCAACUACCGGCCCUUCCUGUGCCUGCUGCUGCAUGCCGCUGGCGUCUUGCUCCACGUCUCUGUGCUGCUGGGCCCUGCCCUGUCAGCCCUGCUGCGCGCGCACGCGCCCCUGCACACCGCCGCGCUCCUCCUGCUGCCCUGGCUCAUGCUGCUCACAGGCAGAGUGUCUCUGGCGCAGUUCGCCCUGGCCUUCGUGACCGACACGUGUGUCGCGGGUGCGCUGUUGUGCGGGGCUGGCCUGCUCUUCCAUGGGAUGCUGCUGCUGCGGGGCCAGACCACAUGGGAGUGGGCUCGGGGCCAGCACUCUUAUGACCUGGGCCCCUACCACAACCUGCAGGCGGCCCUGGGGCCCCGCUGGGUCCUCGUCUGGCUCUGGCCCUUCCUGGCCUCCCCAUUGCCUGGGGACGGGAUCACCUUCCAGACCACAGCUGAUGUGGGACUCAUGGCUUCCUGACUCCAGGGAGAGCCAGAGCUGUAGAGGGAGCGGGGAAAGCAGGAGAGGGGGCUCAUAACUCAUUUCAGGCCCAGCCCCAGCCUUAGGAGAGGAGAGGGUUGGUAUGUAACACCUGCUUUCGGCAACUCCAGCCCCAUCCUUCCCCUUGCCCCUGUCCAGCUUGGACUCCUGGUGUCCAGGGCUUGGACCCUGUGACUCUGCCUCUGUUGGUGGCCCCCAAGUACAGUGGAGGCUCUGGCAAGGGGCUGCUCAGCCAGCCUAGCUGCCCCUUUGCCAAGUUAAUAAAGCGCCCACUUGGUUCUUGGACUCCCUGCAUCUUUGUGGGUCUCUCGUCCCUCACUGUUGCCUGUGCUGCUGUUUUGGUCCCUCUGAUUGUCAGGCCUGGGAACCACACAAUGCCUGAGGGUGUGAGGGGCCAGGGCUCUGCCUCCUGGGGCCGUGGCGGGGUGGGGUCGGGGACACCAGUGGGCCAAGGUGGCGGGUAGCGAUCCAGGGUUUGAGAAUCCAAAUGCUUUCCCAGGUUCAGUGCUUUAUAGUUACAAGCAUUUCUAGAACAACAAUGUUCUGGAACCUCCUCUAGCUAGCCUGCUGUACUGGGCAGCAGUUAGGCGGGUGAAGAACUGAAAGGUCUGAGAGUAGAUGUGAUAAGAUCAUGGGGCAGUAAGUGGAGGCGCAGGAUCUGAACCCAGACCUUUGUGCUUUCCUUCACCCCUGCAUAGCCGAGGGAAGUGAGCAGAAGAAUCGAGGCGGAGAAAGCAAGCGGGGUGCUCAGGCAUCUGUGAAGGAGGGUGCUGAAGGGCUAAGCUCCUCUUCCUGGACUCUUCAAGAGCCACUCAUUAGUCAUUUUAACUGAAAUCUAGUAAACAGAACUCCAGUUAAAUGUGGCAGGUUAAACACAUGGGUUUCUGCUUCCUCUUAAAAUCAAAAAUGACAGUAAAGAAAUAAAAAAAGAUAUAAAUUUACAAAGAAAAAGAAAAUAGGAGGGAGAUAGCAGUCGAUCAAAGAGCCUGACAUCUUGAAAGAUGGAAUGUGGACAGAGGCUCACUUCCUCUCUUAGCAGAGAAUUGGAAUUGAAAACAAGCGUUCCCAGAGGGAGGGGCCCAGGCAGCCAGAUUGCCCCCCAGAGCCCUGAGAGGCUCAGGAGUCCCACCAGCACCAGGAAGGCCAGGUUCCGGGCUGACAGUAGGGACAGACCCAAAGAUAGGAGCAGCCAGGCUGCCCCUCCCCCGGGGGCCACCCCACCCCUUGCAGCCAAACAGCUGCGCCUCUGAGGUAGAGGCGGGGCUAUUCAAAGAAGCUGUGGGUCUCGGGGCCACUGGCGAGGGUGGAGGUGAGGGGCUGGACCAAAAAUGGGGUUAAGUGAAAGUCUACAAUGCUGCUGGUGGGGAGGGCCUUACAGUGACGUGGCAGGCUUGCCCUUCAAGAACCCUUGGAGAAGCUCACCCUUCUCACAGGCCCUGCCCAGGCCCACAGAGGUUUGAGCCGCUAGGACUUUUUUGUUUUUCCAAAUGGCACGCUCUAUUACUAUUUUUUGGCUCCAUCAGGAACUUGGUGUGCCUGGGGCUUUGUGUCGUACAUCAGCAUCGGCAGACUUCCUGUUUCCUCCUUGGCUUUACCUCACCCUCCAGAAUAUCUUUUCUUGUUUCUUUAUUAAAUAGUGGGAAGAAGAAAGAAAGUAUUUAUAAAAUAAAGAGAAACAACACCCUCCCCAGCCCCACUGAAGAAAUUCCUUUGAAGUCUCUGCUGUGCUCCUCCCUGGUAGAGGGAACAGGUGCUGUCUUAAUCAUCCCCUUGCUUUGUCAUUUUAUUACAUAUGUUUGUAUUAGUUUUGCAUGUUUUUGAAUUUUGUAUAAAUGGAACCAUACUGUGUUUAUUCUUCUGUGAUUGCUUUUUUACUCAAUAUUAUGUUUCUGAGAUUUAUCUAAAUUAAUGUGUGUAGCUGUAGGGCAUUCCUUUUCCUUGCUGUAUAGUGAUCCAUCAAAUACAUCACAAUUUAUUUUUCUA